CACGAGUUGCAGCGUGCAAAAAAUUGACCUAGCUCUAAUACCAUGUUAGGAAUAAGCAACUUGUAUUCCAUGAGGCCAUAGGCCGAUAUAUAUACAUGUACAGGUGGGAACAUAUGCAGGAAACCCCUUAUACAACGGGAUAAAUAUAAAGGGGUACAUGACUUAUAUUGUAACUCUAACAGGGAGGAUUUGAGGGUCCGAAGAUGCUCUAAUGAGAAUGGGAGAUGCCGCCGAGAGAAAAUUCCAGGAAAAGGUCUUCGUCGACCACUUCGUCUCUUCAUUGAAGCGUUCUCUCUCUCUCUCUCUGCUCUCCGGUGUUCCUCCGCACCCCUCUCCCUCUCCCUCUUCCUCUUUCCAAGUCUGACACCCCGCACACACGCUACCACCACUGGCCGAGAGGCAUGGAGCUGCCUCCGGUUAGCGCUUCCCUGGGUGCCAUGGGCUCCCUCCCAGGGAAGCUGGAACUGGAUCCACUCCUUGAUGCGGAACUCAAGGUUGAGCUGGGGAAACUCACAAACGGGCUGCUGCUGCUCUCGGAGGCACGAGACCCUUCCGUAGAAGCCAGGAUCUGGAUGAAGGAUGUGCGCGAGCUAUCCUAUGACAUGGAAAACUGCGUCGACCUCGCCGACCCGGAUCUCGCCUACCCGGAUACCUGGGUCGGCAGGAUGUCUGGAUUCAAGGCCCGCGUGAAGGAGGCCAACGAGCGGUACGAUAGAUGUAUGCUUGGAAGCAUCCCCGUCUGUUCAAAUCCUGCAACUGAUUUCCAGUUCCUGAUGGUGGACGGCCGGAGGAGGACGCCAGACCUGCCAGUCGUCGGUCUUUAUGAUGGCCCGUUCAAUGCCCUCUACCAGUGGCUGACCGAUGAUGACAAGGAGCUCAAGGUGGCAUCCGUUGUCGGUGUUGGGGGAAUCGGCAAGACCACGCUUGCCAAACAGCUAUGGCGUGAGCACAAACCCAGGGACUACUUUGGCUGCUGCGCAUUUGUGCGGACGGCCAAGAAGCCUGACAUGAGGAGGCUGCUCAGGAGCAUACUCGCACAAGUUCGUCCGCACCAACCACCCGCCACUAAUGAGGUGCACGAGCUGAUUCACGACAUCAAGCAGCAUCUACAAGGGAAAAGGUACUUUCUUAUAAUCGAUGAUUUAUGGGCUACCUCUGUAUGGGAUGUUGCUAGACGGGCUUUCCCGGAGGGUAAUCUAAGUAGGAUAAUAAUAACGACUGAAAUUAAGGAUGUUGCACUGGCGUGCUGUCGUUACCAGUCAAAAUCCAUCUAUAAGAUGGAACCUCUUAGCGUCAAUCACUCAGAAGAAUUGUUCAUCAGAGGAGUGUUUGCCUCUGGAGAAGAAAAAUCUCGCCAAUUGGAUAAAGUGUGGGAGAAGAUAAUAAGAAGAUGUGCUGGUUUACCACUGGCAAUUAUCAGCAUAUCCGGUAUUCUAGCAAGCCAAGGGGAAGCAAAUACAGUACAAGAAAGGGAGCAAAUACAGAACAUUUUACCAACAGAUACAACUCAUGUGGAGGUACUCAAACAAGUACUCAAUUUUUGCUACAAUUGUCUUCCCAGUCAUUUGCAGACAUGUCUGUUGUAUCUCAGUUUAUACCCAGAGAAUUAUAUAAUCUUGAAAGAAGAUAUAGUAAAGCAAUGGGUAGCUGAAGGUUUCAUCCUUGCACCAAGAGAGGAGGACAAAUUGAAGGUUGGCGGGAACUAUUUCGAUAAGCUUGUAAAUAUGGGCCUGAUCCAAUGUAUAGAUGUGGGCUAUAGUAAUGACGUAUAUUACUAUGCAGUGCACCCCAUGGCACACAAUCUUAUUACAUCGAAGUCCAGAGAAGAGAAUUUUAUGACGGUAAUAGAUUAUUCCGAAAGGACAAUGGGGUUUGCUAACAAGGUUAGUCGUCUGUCCCUCCAGUUUGGCAGUGCAACAUAUGCAACUAGACCAGAGAGCAUCGGACUGUCGCAAGUUCGAUCACUUGCCUUUAUUGGACUAAAGAGCUGUUACUCUUCCAUUUUGGAGUUUAAGGUUCUACGAGUCCUGAUCCUUCAUAUGUGGGCUGAUGAACCAAGCACCGGUGUGGACCUCAAGCCUACCUCUGAAUUGGCUCUACUGCGAUCAUUGCAGGUCACAUGCAACGACACCGUACAUCUUCCAGAUCUGAUGCAAGGUCCGAAACACUUGGAAACACUAGAGAUAGAUGCAAGGGUGGCAGCUAUUCCAGCGAAUAUUGUUCAUCUUCGAAGCUGGUUGCAUCUGCGUCUCGGAGUUGGCACAGAAGUGCCCGAUUUGACGGGUACCCUGAAAAUUGUCACCACCCUGAAUCCUCCUAUUUCAUUGGACGAUCCAAGCUGUUCUUGCAAAUCAGGGAAGACAACGGAGUUUCUGUCACCCAUCUGUUCUUGCAAAUCAGUGAAGACACUGGAGUUGCUGUCACCCAUCUGCAGAGUCCCCAAGUGGAUUGGACAGCUUACCAACCUAUGCAUUUUGAAAUUUGUAGUGCGAGAACUCCAAAGAGAUGAUAUCAGUAACCUGCAACAAUUGUCAUUUCUCGGUGUUCUCUCGUUGCAUGUCCAGCAACCAACUACAGGACUCAUCGGCUUCGCACCGGGAGCGUUUUCUGCUCUAGAGUAUUUUGAGUUCAGGUGUGGUGUACUGCGCCUGCUGUUUCAGGAAGGAACAAUGCCCAAUCUUGAGAGGCUUAAACUAGGUUUCAAUGCCUACCCAAGAGAUGGAUUUUUUCUUGUCGGCGUUGAAGAUCUGUUAAGCGUCAAGGAGAUUUCUGGAGUAAUCGGGCUAACCGCCGGUGCUGUGGAAAGUCACUUCAUGGCUGCAGAGUCUGAAUUCAGGAAAGCCAUGGGCAGGCACCCUAACCUGAGCGUAGAGAGAGAGGAAUUGUAUGCUGACGCAGAAAAACAGCACGAGAUCCACCCGUCAACAUCAAGUGAACAAACUGAAAGUCCAAGCAAGGAGUCUCAGGAUGUGCGUGGUUGGGCAGAAAAACAGCACCCGAUCCCAGGGAAACACACACCAGCAUCAGGUGAAGAGCUACAUUACCAGACAGAAAUAAAACAACAUUCCAGCAGCGACUCUCAACUCAUUAAAAGAUCACCAGCACCAUUGAGAAUUUCUGGAAAGGAUGGUCUAGACCAACUGUUAGUUUCCAAUAAAGAAACAGGUCUUGAGAAGCUGACACUCGUGCGUUGCCCACCUCUGGAGUUGAAGCACCUUCUGAUGCUAACCUCGCUGAAGACAUUGGUUGUAGAACAUUCAGAUGGUCUGGUUGGACCACUAGGAGGCCAGGGUGAUGUGGAAUGGCAGCUCCCUGUUGAGCAUAUCAAGAUAAAUUACUUAAGUGGUAACAGUGGGGAGGAACUGACAGAGCUCCUCCCCCACCUCCCAAAACUCUCCAAACUGGUAAUCUACGACUGUAAAAAGAUAAAAAGGCUGGUAGUGGGGCUGGAUGUGCAACAAAAAACAUCAGAAGCAUCAGAGAUGGCGGGAGGUGAAAUAACAGCAGCAGCAGCAGAGGAAGAGGAUGAUGGAGUGUUGCUCUUCCCUGCUCAUCUCUGUGACUCACUACGGGAAUUGGAGUUCUCUUUCUGCCCAGAGCUGGUCCUGGUGGGCCCGCCAACUCUUGUUCCUGGUGGAGAAUGGCUCCAAGCCUUGCGAUCCCUCCAGAGUUUAACAAUACGGUGGUCCCCAAAGUUUCUAUCCACCUUCUCCUUUUCCUCUCACAUUUUCCCUUCCUCCCUGCACUUCCUGGAGCUUAUGAGUGUGAAAGGCAUGGGGACACUGGAGCCCCUCUCAAACCUCUCCUCUCUCACCAAAUUAGUAUUGCUUCGGUGCGGAGAGGAUCUGAAAUGUCAUGGCUUGUGGUCUCUCCUUACCACCGGAGGCCAGCUCAACGAAUUAGUGGUCAGGGGCAGCCCUCGAUUCUUUGCUGAUUGGGAUCCCAAUCCCAGACGGGCUUUGGAGGAUGCUGAGGGAGGUGAAGAGCAGCAGACACAGCUUGUUUCAUCCACACUGCGUGGGCUCUGGACAGAUGACAUAGCAGGACUUCUUGCUGCACCCGUCUGCAGAUUCCUCUCUUCCUCCCUCACCAAGCUGAGACUUUGGGGGGAUUGGUGUGAAGGGAUGCAGCGGUUCAGCAAGGAGCAAGAGGACGCCCUUCAACUCCUCUCCUCCCUCCGGGAACUAGAGUUUUGGGAUUUCAAGGGCCUUCAACAAUUCCCUGCAGGGCUGCACAACCUUAGCAACCUCAAGAAUUUAGUAGCCUACGAUUGCCCAGUCAUUUCUUCAUUGCCUAACGAUGGCCUCCCCAAAUCACUACAAAAGCUAGCUGUCUACCACUGCAGCGAGAAGCUAAAACAGCAGGGCAGGGGGUUGGAGGGAACCAUCCCAACAGUCCAAAUAGUCUGAUCCAAGGGAGGGACUCUGCCUUGGAGUUCCCUUGUACAUUCUUUUAGCCUUGGACCUUCCCAUACAAACACAUGCAUGACACAAGGGCCUUGUGGCUGUGGUCUUCCUUCCUGUACUUCAAUCUGGUGUUUGUUCGAUCUUAUAGGCUUCUUCAUAUUUUGCAUUUAAAUUUGGGUUAUUGUUAUUCAUCAAGACAUGGCAGUCUACUCACCUAUUUUGGGUGUCGCGGUCAAAAUAGCAGUAGAACAUCAUUAUGGAAUAAAUGAGACUUCGGGUCAAGCUACUGAUAUUAAGGUGUUCUUAUGUUUGUUUGGUGGGCUUUCAAGCCACUUGUGUUUACAUUUUGUCCAAAACGAUGAAGAGUGAAGGUGUGCCUGGAAAAUCUUCAGACUUAGUGAUCAAAGGAUCAUCUGGCAUAAUUAUGUCUAUAAUUUAAUGUUUUGCUGCUGAUCAUGUUUGCAGUUUUGCCAUCCAGGUAUACUUGCAACUGAUAGGUUUGCGGUUUUUCAAUUCAGUCUACGUUCUAGUGAUGGGACUUGUACCAACCAAAUCCAUCCAAGCGCACACUGGCCGCCCAGGAAUUGCUGCAGUCGUUGCCAAUAGCACCCCCCAAGGCACAUUGUCAAGUUGUUGUUGCAGAAAGAUUUUUCCAAGGCAAACAAGCCAUGAGUACCCGAAUACCCGAAGAUAGAUGCAGCUAAUUAUCGAAAGCUUGCACUGCAAAGGUAAGAAGGGAUUAUUCAUGUCUGCUCUGAGUACCAGAAGAGGGACAUAAUCUUGUCAGGAGAAGAACCAGGCUGCAUCAUCUUGUGAAGAAGUUGACACUUGUUAUGUUGUUAUAACUGAAAAAAUUGACACCCAGCGUUUAUCGUGACAUGCCACCACCCUUGACCGUGCAUCCAACAACUCUGAAGACUGCAGCUGUAGCUGCUUGAAUUACCUUUUACUGACUCCUUGUUCACAUGCUUCACUUCAGUGUUAAAGUUAUCUGAAUUCGCCUA